CAAAGAUGAACUGGUAUUCCUCCCUACAAUUAAUUGUUAUUUUCUUAAACAUCCAAACGAAGAGGACCUCCUCUAUAAAGAGUAAUCAUAUUUAGGACUGGAAAUCAAACGAAUCAAUGAAUAAAAACUAAUUUUCCGGGGCACAGAAGCAAAGAUCUUAAAGGAAUACAACAAAUCACUGAAAAAUAAAAGCUAAUUUACACGAAAGCUUGAACAAGAAGAAAGUAAAGCAUGAGAGGAGAAUCUAUCACAUAAAUCUCAUCCAAAUCAAACUUUAUCGCCAAAAUAACCAUAAUCUAUUUAGCAAUAAUCAAUCCAAUCCUCAAUCGAGAAAUCCGCAACCUAAAGCAACAAACCAAAUGUCCUAGUAAGAACCGAAAUCUAGAAUCCCAUACGCAUAAAUAUCACAUCCCUCGUAACCAUUGGAAAAAAACACUUUUUCCUGCGGAUGGAUGCCUUCAGCCUCCUCCCCGACCACCUCAUCUCCUCCAUCCUCUCCUUCCUCCCUCUCACCAUCGCUGCAAGGACCAGCGUCCUCUCUCGCCGCUGGCGCCCUCUGUGGGCCCACAUCACGGCUUUCAACGUCGAUGCUGAUCGUCUCUUUCCUUCCGACUCAGCCAAACAAAUCCGAUGCAUAGACGCAAUCCUAUCACACCCUCAGCUCAACAUCCUCGAGCUCAAGAUCGCGCUCUCCUCAUGUACCCCCGCUCCCGUCUUAGCCCGUUGGGCUGUGAAUCUUGCCCGGAGGAGGGUCACCAAUGUGGGGCUGAUCAGUGUGGACCAGCCCCAUCUGGCCCUACAAACUCUAUUUACUUCAAAGUCAUUAACAAAACUCGAACUUCAAUACUGCAAGCUAAACAAUGAUGGCUCGUCUCCUCUCGUUGCCUGCAGUAGCCUCAAGCUUAUAGAGCUCAAAGCUGUUACAACAUCGAAUGAAACAAUAAGUGAGAUAUUAUCUGCAUGCAAGAAUCUGAAUUCUCUGAGGAUAGAAUAUUGUAGUUUGUAUAGUGUUGUCGUCAGCCAUCAGAGGCUGGAGUGCUUCGAAUUGGUAACGGGGCUAUCAAGGUGUGAUAUCAACAUCGAGACUCCGAAUCUGAGAGAGCUGGAAUUGGAUGUUCCGUGUAACGUGAAGAGGAUUAGGGUUUUGGCUCCGAUUGUGAGGAGGUCGAGGGUAGGCUUUCAGAGCGGUUUGCUUACCUGCGGUGACUUGCUCGGGUCAUUGACGGGACUUGUUGCCGGGAUUGAGAACGCUGAGGAGCUUCAACUGUGUGGUGCAAUUGUUCAGGUCGGUGGACUUGAUUGAAUUCUUUGAUCAAGUUAUAUACGGUUUUCUUCAAGUUUCAUGCUUACUGUACGUAGUAACAGGUAAACUUAUUGUAGGAACUGGUAUUUGGCUACAAUUUAGGUCCCAUUUAUUUAGAUUAGGGCUCAUUUAUCCUAUGCUAUAUCAAGUGUUGGGAAGAAAUAUUGAUCUUUUUGGGAGUAAAACAGGGCUUAAACAGAGGAAGGCAAAGGCUUGAAACCUAAUCGAAAAGUUUAAUAUAUUAAAUAAUAUUCUUACUUUCCAUUUAAAUUGGUCACUCUUAUUAAUUCUUUUCAAUGUGGAACUCACGCAUAUAUGAAGCCCCAAAAACAUAUCGCCAUGAUAAACCAAACAGUCGAAAAUCAAAACGGUUCUAGAUUUCCUUCUCUAUUUAGUUCUGGAAUACAAAGAGGGCAAGAAGCAGCUUGAUAUACAAUAUGAUUGCAAAUUGAACGUUCGGCACCAUGUUCAUUUACUGACAAUUGUUUUACUAUGUUUUGCUUC